AUGAGUUCCAAGAGAGGAAGAUCGCCUCAGCUGUGCGACGGAAGCCCUGAGGAUGGAGGGGACAAGAAAGAAGCCAAGAAGUUGAAGAAAAUCAAAAAGAAAGCAAAGAAGGAGGCCAAAAAAGCCAAGAAAGCUGCAAAGAAGCUGAAGAAAAUGCAGAAGCUCGUUCAAAAGAGGAAGGACGGCAAAAGCAGCAAAGCAAUCAAGAGCGAUUCAAGCAGUGAUUCCUCAAGCUCAAGCAGCCUUCCAUUCGUGAUGGACAUGGACUUCUCUUCGUCUGGCAAGGAACUUGAUCCUCGAAAUCCAGAUUCCAGGAUCCAGCGAGCCCUGGGCCUGACCUGCGGGGCCUUCUCUUUCAUCGAACGGAAAGAUGACGAGGAGGUGUACAAAGAUGGGCGCAAGGCGAAGUACAAGGAGGGCGAAGAUCAAAGCAAAGACUGGAUCUGCCUACGGUCGAAAGCAAACGGGGAGCCGUGUGGGGAAAGAAAUUUCCCUCGCAACGAGAAGUGCUUCCGAUGUGGAGGUUUGAGGCAGAACACUGCCCCUCUU